AUGAAGGUCCAGCAUGAGGCUAAAUGUGUUGUGGUGGCUGGGCGGCGCGUAGCGCUAAUGACUGUUCUACGCCAGCGCUGGAGGCCUUCGCCGGCUUUGUCGAGGCAUAUGGCACUCGCCACAGCCAUGAGGAUUCGCCUCCAUCAGUGUCUCACUGUGAUUCUAGGUUACGGCCCGGACUGUCUACUGUCUGCCGUUACACACGAGCGCUUCAGACACUCGCCUAACGCCCGUCUUCCAUCCCAGCAUGCAUUGCACCGAGGCCAUAGGUCCAGCUCCAGCGAUCCUCGGCGUGAGAGCAUUAAGAAGAGACAGACAGAGGCUCGGUGCUGGGAUAACCCUCUCUCCUCCGCUGGCCUCCGAGCGAAGCCGCUCAGAGCUCUACCCAAAUGGCCAAAUGGUUGUAGUUCCAACCCUGCACGUAGGCGGCCUGGAGGUAAGAGCCGCUCUCUUCAUGACCCCGGGACAACUGAGGAGUUCGGUGUUUCCCCAGUUCACCGCGGCUGGCAGUGUUACCCUUCCUGCGGUCGAAACAUAAAGAAAAGCAAAAGGUUGAUUUUCGGAGCAUGGAACAUUCGAACACUCAUGGACAGGAAAACUUUAACAAGACCUGAGAGGAGAACAGCCCUCAUUGCAAAAGAACUAUCACGCUACAGCAUCGAUAUCGCCGCACUCAGUGAAACUAGGCUGGCAGAUGAGGGAUCUGUUGCUGAGCCUAAGGGCGGCUACACUUUCUUCUGGAAAGGCAAAGCCCAAGAGGAAGAAAGAAUUCAUGGUAUAGGUUUAGCCAUAAAGUCAUCGCUCCUCAAGCAGUUACCAGACCUCCCUUCUGCCAUCAGUGAACGACUGAUGAGACUCCGCUUCCCACUUAGUGCCUCACGGCAUGUCACGGUCAUAAGUGCUUAUGCUCCAACACUGACCAGCAGUGCUGAAGCGAAAGAGACCUUCUACGAGGAUCUGAAUAACCUCGUGAAGGCUGUACCCCCUGGAGAUACGCUCCUACUGCUGGGCGACUUUAACGCUAGAGUCGGCACCGAUUACUUGAACUGGAAAGAUGUGCUGGGACCACAUGGUGUAGGCAAUAUGAAUUCCAAUGGCCUGCUGCUCCUGAGCCUCUGUGCAGAUAAUAACUUGACAAUCACCAACACCCUGUUUCGGCAAGCUGACAAGUACAAAUCAACUUGGAUGCAUCCGAGGUCCAAGCAAUGGCACUUGAUCGACUAUGUUAUCUGCCGCAAACGUGAUGCUAGAGACUUCAGGAUCACUAGGGCCAUGCGAGGGGCAGAAUGCUGGACAGAUCACCGUUUGGUCAGGUCAGUUGUCAAGCUUUGCAUAGCUCCUACACAUUGGAGGAAGCCCAAGCUUGUUCGGCCAUCCUUUAACAUUGCCAAGCUCAACUAUCUAAGGCACCGAGACCACUUUGCGAACAGCCUCGAUGACAAGCUGACCUCUCAUGGACCACUCACUGGGAGCCCGACUCAAAAAUGGGACCAGUUCAGCACAAUGGUGAAAGAGACAGCCCAGUCAAUACUCGGCCAAAAAAAGAGAGUGCACCAGGACUGGUUUGAUGAGAACGACGAAGCCAUCACCCAGCUCCUGGCUGAGAAGCAGAAGGCAUUCAUAAUCUGGCAGAAUGAUAUCUCCUCCACCUCGAAGCGUGACCACCUCAAACAUCUUCAGUCUCGUGCCAAAACCGCCCUACGCCACAUGCAGGACGAGUGGUGGAAGCGGAAAGCAGACGAAGUCCAGCUGUAUGCUGACACUAAGAACUCGAGGAUGCUCUUCAGCACCAUCAAGGCAGUAUAUGGACCACCUCGACCAAACACCGCCCCUCUUCUGUCAACGAAUGGCACGCUGCUGAAAGAGAAGAAGGCUAUAAAUGAAAGAUGGAGGGAACACUUCAGCACCCUUCUCAACAGACCCUCCACUGUCAGCAACGAAGCCCUGGACCAGAUCCCUCAGAGACCCACACUAGACAACCUCGACCUCCUCCCUAGUCUGAAAGAGAUCCAGAAAGCCAUCAAGCAGACUAGUUUAGGAAAAGCCCCUGGCCAGGAUGGGAUCCCUGCAGAAAUCUAUAAGACUGCGGGGCCAGUGGCUCUGGACGCCUUCCGCAACCUCCUCUGUAGCAUAUGGGAGGAAGAGGACAUGCCCCAGGAGUUCAGAAAUGCCAAAAUUGUCUCCCUUCACAAAAACAAAGGUAGUAAAUCUGACUGUGGCAACUACAGAGGCAUAUCUCUCCUGUCUACUGCUGGCAAGAUUUUGGCACGUGUCAUCCUUAAUCGCCUGAUCUCCAAUAUCUCUGAGGUGAAUCUACCAGAAUCCCAGUGUGGUUUCCGUCCAGGCCGAAGCACAACUGACAUGAUCUUUGUAGUUCGUCAGCUUCAAGAGAAGUGCAGAGAACAAAAUCUGGACCUGUAUGCAGUCUUCAUCGACCUGACCAAGGCGUUUGAUACUGUCAACAGAGAGGCCCUGUGGAAAGUUCUUUAUAAACUUGGCUGUCCCAGAAAGUUCGUGACCUUGAUCCGCCUGUUUCAUGACAACAUGACUGGCCUGGUCCUUUCUGGAGGAGAAGUGUCUGAGCCCUUUGCGAUCGCCAAUGGUGUGAAGCAAGGGUGUGUUCUAGCCCCAGUGCUUUUCAAUCUCUUCUUUGCCUGUGUUCUUAACCAGGCUCUCGGAGACAUAGAAGAUGGAGUAUACAUCAGGUAUAGGCUGGACGGGUCUCUCUUCGACCUCCGUCGUCUAAGUGCAAAAACCAAGACAGUCGAGAAAUUGAUCUUGGAAGCACUAUUCGCUGAUGACUGUGCCCUUAUGGCACACACGGAAUCUGCCCUCCAACUCAUUGUCAACAAGUUUGCUGAGGCAUCCCACUUGUUCGGCCUUACCAUCAGCCUCGGGAAAACAGAAGUGUUAUUCCAGCCCAGCCCUUCCUCAACAGACUUAACAGCCUGCCGUCCAUCCAUCUCCAUCAAGGGAACAGAGCUGAAGACUGUGGAGGAAUUCAGGUACCUCGGCAGUGUCAUCUCCAGUGAUGGCUCCCUUGACAAAGAGAUCAAUGCCAGGAUCUGCAAGGCAAGCCAAGCCCUGGGUAGACUGCGAGUGCGCGUGUUGAAUCAACACAACAUCCGGCAGUCCACCAAACUCAAGCUCUACAAGUCAGUUGUUCUCACCAGCCUCCUCUACGGAUGUGAGACUUGGACCUUGUACAGAAGGCACCUUAAACUGCUGGAGCACUUUCACAUGCGGAGCUUGCGCUCAAUCAUGGGCAUUAAAUGGCAGGACAGGAUCGCAAAUCUUGAGGUCCUAGACCGUGCAGAGACCACCAGCAUUGAAGCUAUGAUCCUGAAGGCCCAACUCAGAUGGACGGGGCAUGUCAUCCGGAUGGACAGUAACAGAAUCCCAAAGCAACUCCUCUUUGGUGAGCUCUGUAAAGGAAAGAGAAAGCGAGGCAGGCCGUUGAAACGCUUUAAGGACUGCAUCAAGGCCAGCAUUGCCCACACUGGAAUUAGCCCCCAAGCAGCAGAGAUAUUUGAGGACAAACGACGUGCCAGCAUCUCUGAGGCACGUGCAAAAAAGAAAGCAGUAGCACUGAAAUCUCCAGGCCAGUUUCCCUGCCCCCAAUGCGGACGUCUUUGUCGUUCCCGCCUUGGACUUUAUAGCCACCUUCGAGCCCACCCCUGCACAUAG